GUUGGUUGUGAUGUUUAUGAAUUCCAACAUGGUCUCCGUUAACGUAGCUCAGAUUAAUUAUUCAUAAUAAAUCAGUUUUUGUCUAGUUUAUUUCAACAACUAGAACUAAAAUCUCACCCUGAGCAGAAAGUUUCAGGAAGAUGUCAGAAAUGUUCAGAUUUUUCGGUUUAAACUUCUCCUAAAAUGUCAGCUGUAGUAGAAGUAGCUUGUGACGUCAUGGCUCGGUCCUGUCCAAUCAGAACGCAGAUUUAGUCCGUUCAGCGCCGAACUCAAACCGUUGAAGCCCUGUGCUGCUUCGCUCCGACCGUUGGUUCUGCCGGUUCAGCAGAUGAUCAGGCCAGCUUGUUUGGCUGAACCUGAUCUGAGAGGCAGAGAUGAGCAGCUGGAGCCACAGAACCAGUUCCAAGAGUCGGUCCAGACGGGUCAAAAGGUUCUCCAAAGUGUCUCUACAGAAGCCUGGAUGGACCAAAGAGGAGGAUGAGCUCCUGCGGCGCCUGGUGAAGGAGCGUGGAGCCAGCAGCUGGUCCUCGGUGGCGCUGUCCUUCAGGGGUCAUAGGUCAGAGGUCCAGUGUCAGAGACGCUGGCAGCAGAUCAAGAACCCAGAGCUGGUCAAAGGCCCGUGGACCCAGGAGGAGGACCGACGGGUCAUGGAGCUGGUCCAGAAGUAUGGUGUGAAGCGCUGGUCGCUCAUCGCCAAGCAUCUGCACACUCGCAACGGGAAGCAGUGUCGAGAGCGCUGGCACAACCACCUGAACCCGGCGGUGAAGAAGAGCAGCUGGACGGCCGAGGAGGACAGGGUGGUGUGCCAGGCCCACAGGUUGCUAGGCAACCGCUGGGCCGACAUUUCCAAGCUGCUACCUGGCAGGUACCCGACCUGCUGCAAGUCCAGACGUGCGUUGACCUGUCUGCAGGUGCNCAGCUGA